AUGGAAGGCGUCUUCGCUCCGGCCUACUGCCCAAUUGCUGCCAAUGUGAACAGUAAAGGGGCCAUUGUCUAUGAUGCCUUAAGGAGGCAGUUCUAUAUCUGUUCUAAUAAGUAUGAUUCUAACAACCACGUUGAGAAGGCUCUGCUUAAUAUGCAAGUAACGGUAAUCCAUUUCAGGUGGCGCUGCGAAGCCCGUACUAGACUGAAAAGGUAUAUAUACUAUUCUGUACGCAAGAAUCAACCGUUGGUUGAUUAUUCGCACCUUUUUGGUUGUAUUGGCGCAGUGGUAUAG